UAUAAACAAAAAAUAAAAUAUUAAAAAUAAAAUAUCUCACAAUUCUUUUCUCUCUCUCUCUCUCUCUCUCUCCCUCUUUUUCUCUCUCUCUAUACAAAGAAAUGGAACCUAACGAUACCCAACACCACCAUCACCCCCACCAUCACCUCAGCUCCUCCUCUUACUUCACCACCUCCACCACUCCAGCUCCGGCCACCACAACUCCUUCUCCGACCAAUGGCCUUCUCCCGCCGCCACCUCAUGAUACUGGCGGUGGUGGAGGGACUCAUAUGGUGUAUCCACACUCAGUGGGGCCAUCAACGGCGGCGGUGAGUAGUGCGCCGGUGGAGUCUCCUAGAAGGAAGCGUGGGCGGCCUAGAAAGUAUGGCACGCCGGAGCAAGCAUUAGCGGCGAAGAAAACGGCGUCGUCUUCCUCGAAUGCAGUUGCUGCUAGAGAAAGAAGAGAAGCUGCUGCUGCUUCUUCUCCUUCUUAUUCAGGCUUUUCUUCAAGAAAGUCUCAACAGCUGGUUGCUCUUGGCAAUGCAGGGCAAGGUUUUACUCCACAUGUUAUAUCUGUAUCUGCUGGCGAGGAUGUAGCUCAGAAAAUAAUGCUGUUCAUGCAACAAUGUAGGCGGGAAAUGUGCAUUUUGUCUGCCUCUGGUUCAAUCUCAAAUGCAUCCCUCCGCCAGCCAGCGACUUCAGGAGGCAACAUUACAUAUGAGGGUCGGUUUGAGAUCAUUUCAUUAUCCGGAUCUUAUGUGCGCACUGAAAUUGGAGGAAGAGCAGGAGGGCUUAGUGUAUGCCUAUCUAAUUCAGAUGGUCAAAUCAUUGGAGGAGGAAUUGGCGGACCUCUAAUAGCUGGUGGCCCCGUUCAGGUCAUUAUUGGUACAUUCGUCGUUGACAACAAGAAGGAUGUUGGCUCUGGAGGAAAAGUUGAUGCAUCUAGCAGCAAGUUGCCUUCACCAGGUGGGGGGGCAUCAAUGUCGAACAUCGGGUUCCGCACUCCAACGGAUACAUCUGGGAGGCAUACAUUCAGGGGAAAUGAUGAUCAUCAAACUAUGGGAGGAAAUCCUUUCAUGAUUCCUCCUCGGGGUAUGCAUGAUUGGAGCAGUGGUUCAGAAGCUAGAGUGAAUGCUACAUUUGAAUUGACAGGGAGAAGGGGUCAUGGAGCACGCCAAUCUCCCGAAAAUGGGGACUAUGAGCAAUAUCCGGACUAGCGACUGUUUGCCAAUCUCUCUGUAGAUGACACAGGCACUUUGACAAGAGAAAUACAUGUACAACCUUUGGAGUGUAUAUCUGUACAGAUAGAUUACUCGCACUCUUGUUACCCUUUUUUUUUUUUUUUUUGUUAACUAUGCUUCUAAGAAGUCAUACUCCGGCUAUUGUUGUAAGCGUCAACCGUAAUAAUUUUCUCUUUCUCUGUUGUUGCGUAUCAUUGAGAAUUUUUGUGCUCCCAA